UUUAAAAAUAAAAAUGUUUAAUAUAUGUUCAGUUAACUAUGAAUAGUGACAACGAACAUAACCUCUCUAACACUUCAAGUAUCUACCAAGAAGUUCCUGCCAAAGAUGAGGCGGAAAUAGAAACUUCGAAAUUAGGAAAUUCCUUACUACAAUUUGCAGCUACUAUUAGUGUUUGUAUUUUGACAAUUGGAAAUGGAACAGUCGACUCAUGGACAUCACCAGCCCUGCCUUUUUUGACGAGUAACAAUUCGGCAUUUCCUGUAAGCGAAUUUCAAGGAUCAUGGAUAGCUUCCACAUCAGAUCUUGGAUCAGCCACAGGAAAUUUAUUAACUCCAAUUUUCUCCUCUUUCAUUGGUCGAAAAUACUCUCUACUCAUUUUCGCCAUCGUGGAAGUCAUUUCCUGGGCUAUGAUAAUGUCAGCAAACAACGUAAUUACAUUGUACACAGCACGAUUUAUUAGUGGUGUCUCUUGUACACUUGCCAUUAGUUUUACCAUAAUGUAUGUAGGAGAAAUUGCCGGAAAAGAGAUUAGAGGAAUAUUACUCCUAAUAGUGAGAAUAUCAACCCAAUUGGGUGGCUUAUUCGUCAAAACUGUUGGAGCUUACCUCCCUUAUCAGAUGAUGAAUGUGGCAGUAAUUUCAAUAUUAAUUCCUUUUUUUCUCACAUUUGCAUUCGUACCAGAGAGUCCGUACUACCUCUCAAUAAAAAAUCGAAAGGAAGAAGCUAAACGAACAAUAAUAAAGUUAAAAGGAACGAAUGAUCCUGAGAUUGUUAAUUCUGAACUUAUGAGGAUAAAUCAGACAGUGAAGGAGACUAAGGAAAAUGAAAAAUGGGCCUUGUGGGAUUUAUUUUCUCGCGAAGGAAACAGAAAGAGUUUAUUGAUUGUGUUAAUUGUAUGCUGGACGAAAUUUUUAUCGGGUGAUACUUCAAUUGAGGCUUACACACAAGAAAUUUUCAAUUACAGUGAUUUUUCCAUAGAACCUGAAAAUGCUGCUAUACUAUAUGCAGGAGUUACAGUGAUAAUGCCUUUAUUAGUCACUAAAUUUGUUGAACGAGCUGGUAGAAGAAAAACAUUUCUUUUCUCAGGAAUUUUUUCUACCGUCGGAUUGGGGAUUGUGGGACUAUUUUUCUUCGUCAAGUUUUAUAUAAAAGCUGAUACGGCAUCGAUGAGUUGGAUUCCUUUCGCUAGUUUAAUUUUUUAUAAUAUUGCUUCCAAUUUGGGAAUUAGCAGUUUGACCUACGUUAUCACGGGUGAAAUGUUUGCUCUUAAUGUGAAGGAAACUGCUAUAACUUGUGUGACAAUUACGAACGAUAUGUUAGCGUUUUUGGUCAAAGUUGUUUUUCAGUGGAUGAAUAAUGUGGCUGGUAUUUACACGACUUUUUGGAUGUAUGCUUUUUUUUCUCUUGUUGGAACGACUCUUUUUUAUUGGAUUGCUCCCGAAACUAAGGGACAGACUUUAGAGGAAAUCCAGAAUGCUUUACAUUUAAAAAACAGAAGGGGAAGUACACAUUGCAUUUGAAACUUAAGAAAUAUACCCAAAUACAUAUUGUGAAAUAUUAUAAAUAAUUUUCAUUUAUUUAACCCAUAUUUUGCAUAAAUAAAUGAAACUUAUACAUCAAUUUUUACACUUGAUACGAACUAUAUAUAAUUUUUUCAUCUGGAUCGGAUUAGUAAGGUGGAAUUUCAGGAAAUAUCCAAGUGAGCUGCUACAAUUUUAACCAAUUUGGAUUAUUUGACUUGUAGGAUUGGACCGCUUUCUGGUUCUUCAGCAAUUUUUUCUCUAUUUUUCCCAAGCGGAUUUUCUAUCCCAAUUCGGAACUGAAUAAAUCUAUUAUAAUUUUCAUUAUUUGGUCAAAUGCUUAUAUUUAUUAUAUGUAAAAUGCUAAAAAGGAAUACGAGCUGAUUUUUAACAUAUAGAAAAUUAAUAUCUUUUAAAUUGAGUAAAUUAUCUGCAUAUAUGAACGAUUUAUGUAUCUAAAUUAAGACAUGAUCUAUGUGUCGCUUACAAAUUUAUAUACUCAUUAAAAAACAGAUUAUGAUUGUUUAUUGUUUUUAAAGUAUCAGGCACUUUUUGUGAUGUUGAAGCAGAAAAAACAUUUUAUGAUUCAUUGUCAAUUUUUCCAAUACACCCGAGUAAAAAUGCUUCGACUUGAGUUCGACUUAAAUUGCCCCCAAUCAAGACAUGUGGAAGUCGAAAAGUUCGACUCGCGCAUGUCUCAGUUUUGAGACGGAUCCAGACUUCAAUUCGUGUCUUCGAGACAAAUUUUUUUAUAUCUUGAAGAGAUCAUUUUAUCUCUUUAGUUGCAUUUUUGUGACUCCAACACGAGCGGUUUAUAACUUCGCGUGUAUACCUCUCCUAACAAAAAGGUUCAUUCUGUCAUAAAAGCGAAUCUUUGUUAAUGAUUAAAAAAUCUUGUAUUUUUGUAUAAUAUGUAUAUUCAAUUAAUCUAUUUGCGGAUUUUCAUUUCUAUCAUACUUGUUUGAUGAUGAUUCCGAAAAUAUUGUUUGUUUUUGCGUAUUUUUGACGGCUUAGGAGAUCUUUCUAGAAAGUUAGCAUUUUUAUUUUGUUAAGGAAUAAUUUUAUGGGUUAUACUCGUCUAGACCCACAGAUUCUGAAUUUUUCAAUUAAAAAUAAGUCAUUUAAUAAUUACAAUUUUUUUAUUCAUCAAUUUGAUUCUCAUUUAUGAGCUGAAGAAGGUUCGUAUUGAGGUAAGCUUACGCCGGUCAUCUCAGUCAAGACGAGGCUCAUCUUGAAACAAAUAAACGCCGUUUUACCUCUCCUGGCCAUAGAUUAAGACGAAGGCCUAUGUUGCGACUCAGUUUUGAGAAGGUCAAGUCGAAGCAUUUUUACUCAGGUAUCAGCAAAAAUGAUAUUUUCAAUCUAUAAUACUAGAUUUAAUGUUUUCGCGAUGAUUCAUUAUGAUAAAAAAGAGAUAUUAUUUUCGGGUUCCAAUUGUGUAUAAAAGCCCUGAAGAAGUGAGCUGCGAUGUUCAAGAAACGUAUGCAAAAACUCAUAAUUUUUUACACGAUUGAAAUUCGAAAUAAAUCUUUUUGUUAAUUAAACCAAAAUAUUGAGAACCAUCCAAAUUGAAAUUAAGUACAAUUUUGUAAAUGCAUUUGAAAAAUUCUGGAAACAAAUUACUUUAUACUUUAAUAUUCUUUAAUGUAUCGUAAUUUUUUGAAGCCUUGUAUAAAUAGCUAUGGGCGACUUAAAUUACCUUCAAAUAGGUUUAAGUGACUCUUUUUAUUACAGUAAAGUACAGAAAGAAUUUUAAAUUAGUCACUGAUGUUUAAAAUAUAUAAUUAU